AACUUCGACGCGUCGCCAGGGUUGCCAGAUUUGGCUAGAAAUAGCCAAAUUUGGCUAAUAUUGCUCGCAUUUGGCGGGUAAAAAUCGGGUUUGGCUAUUUGGCUAGUUUUGGGCUAUUUUCUGAAUUUUGACCGUGAUUCCGUUUAGAAACGAUGAAAAUGUGAAACAAGAGAAAAAUCCAUUGUUUCAUACGUUCCUUGAAUCCACGGCUGCGUCAGUGCGUUCCCCUUGACCUUGAAAGCUCGCGUUUAUGCGACAAAGUUUCGCUUUGCUGAAUGCUGAUGCAAUGCUCCCACCUGCAGGAUGAGGAAAAACUGGGUGUGAUGGAAAGAUCCACCUUGUCGCCUGUGUCAAAAUUGUGUUGAGACAACUUCGAUUGAACUUAGAAGUACUGGAAUCUCUACAGCUGCUACAAUGCAACAAUCUUGAGAAAACAUAUUUUCUAUCUUAUAUCUAUCUAUAUGCGGAAAAUUAUAAUUUUCCGCAUUUCGCGGAUCGUUUCGCAACCUGAUUCCUGGCGACUCAGUCUCUGAUAUCGAAUCUGAGUUCUCGCUGCUGCAGAUUGUUAUAAAGGACGCACGGGAUGAGAACACGCCCAAGUUCUGGAUAAAACUGCGACGCAUGGAAAACAGCAUUGGGAAAAAGAUGUUCCCGAAUCUGUCGGGGUUCGCUAUCGGCCUGCUCAGCGUCCCGAUCUCCAAUGCUGUCGUAGAAAGAGUAUUUAGUCAGGUUACUGUUAUGAAAACAGACCUGAGGAACCGUUUGUCUUUGACCACCCUCGAGACCCUCCUGUGGCUGUGCCGAUUUCAAGCCGUCAGACAACCUCCUAAAGAAGUUCACGAGCGACGUGCUUUAUGGAGAAAGUCAAUGGGAAGAAACUGCGGACGAGGAUCCUGAAGACCCGGGAAACAACUCCGACGAAUGUCCUUAGCAGUCUACAAUUGACUGGAGCUUGAAUUUUUCAUAUUUUCCUUCGUUCUAAUCGCAUCAUUUCACGAAUAAUAAAUGCCUGUCAUUCAUUCAAUGCACGGCUGUCGUUUCUGCGUCAGCAGUCAAACCGAAACGGAUAACAAGGAAGGACAAGGAGCGCCUCCCGCAGCAUGUGUAGCAUGCACAAACACGUCGGGCGCUUUUGGCUAUUUUUUUGGCUAGAAGGUACUGGCGUACUGGCUAUAUUUUGGCUACUGGUGGCCGGAAAACGGGCUAUACAAGGCCUUCGCCAUCUGGCAACCCUGCGCGUCGCAGCAAGUUGGUUUUCUCUUCAGUAACCGUCGCAAGGAUGGUGAUGGUGUAUCUCCUGUGCAGUAUUUACGUGUGUUUCAGUGCGCUUUGUAAGACAAUGCGAUGACAAUGGUUCCUGUGCAACACAUUGUCGAUUUCCCGGAAGCGUUUUGACGCCAAGAAGACGUAAACGGCGUAGAGGCAAGACCGCACUGUGAAACGCCAAUCGGACUGCACGUCGCGAAUGUUUGCAGAAACUUCGGAGGAACUUGAAGAGAAACAGGAUAAGAAGAUUCCGAACGUACGGUGAAGAGGAAUGGGGUGUAUGUCGCGACCUGCAUAGAAAACAGGAGUGUCGUGUUAUCUUCUCUAAGAAAAUACAAGAUGUGAGGUGGCCAACGAACGAAAGCUCCCUGUGGUCCGUGAGUGCAUCGCACAGUCAGCCAUAUGCUUUGUCUAGACACAGUGAGUGAUCAGACUUAUACUGCGUGGGAUGUAAAUGUAGAGAUGUAUUGAUUAUUUCUUUCUGCUCAGUGUAUGCUUUUAGCAGAAUAAACGGUAAUCAACGAUGAAACGGUAAUUAUACUUCUGUAUCUGUCGCCACUUACUAUCAGGGUUUACAACUGCUUUUUCCCUUCAAAAGCACGUUCGGAGGUCAAAUUCAAAGCAAAAACAUUUUAUCCGACGAACCCCAGAUGGCGCCACUCCUUAUAUAACUUCCCCUCUCCCCAGGAUAUCCCGUCUUUCCUUUCUUGACACCGUCGGAGGUCUGUUCAUCGCCGUCGCGCUCCCCAUUUUCCUUUUUUGUUUUCGGUCUUCAUAUUCAGACGAUGUCGACACCACAGACAGAAUCUCAGGCGGACCUCCGCGCUAUGGUGGAGAAUCUGACCGCAACUGUGGCGUCUUUGGCCAGUCGCCUACCGCCACUCCCGGAGCAGGAGGUGGACGUCAGUACUUUCUACCUGGAGGACGAUGCGGCCUCCAACCCGGUCUCUUCACGCCCUCCAACACCUACGGGUUCCCCUCCGCCUACAGGCCUAGAUGGGGAAGAUGAGGAGGGGGACUCGGAGGCACCCCCAGGUGCAGACAACUGGCUCACAGGCCUGGCCGGAGUUGGUCCUCGUGAGGUGUCUCCGGCCAUUGUUGAUUUUGUUCGGUCUCACUGGGGCCCAGAAGGAAGACCUGAACGCUGCCGUAAGGCUCUUGUUGAUUUCCCGCGCUUGAGACUUCCUUUCCUCAUUGUGCCUGAUCUCAACGUGGAAAUGAAGUCUUUGGUGCGGGAGGCAGCAAGGGACCGGAGGCGCACCGGCACGGAACCCGACCUGGACACAGGGGUGGGCCAAAGAGACCAGGCACUCAGGGAUGCGCAAGCGGCCAUCUCAUCAGCCAUGAGCCCUCUGGUGGCCCUACUGGAGAAAUGUGCCGAUCAAGGGUCGGCACCAACGGACACCCUUGCAGGCUCCAACAGCCGUAUUGAGAGAAGGGUGGUGGCGGAUCACCUGGCAGCCUCCCUCUCCCAGCUGGGACGCUUAUUCGCCUUCCUGGGGAACGAGCGCCGGGAAAGCGUUCUCUUCCGGAUCGCGCCAGAGCUGCGAUCCUUCGGCACCCAGGGGUCUCGACCGGAGGAUGAAGGGGCUGACCAGCUCUUUGGAAAGUCCUUUCUCGAGCAGAUCAAGACCCGAAACGCCACUUUUCAAGCCCUCCGCGAGGCACGCCAGGGGACCGCCCGCGGUUCCACGGAGGAGCCUGCUGUCAAACGGAGUCGGCUUACCCCGCCCACCUCCACCAUCCCCCGUCGCCCAGCCCAGCCCUUUCAGGGAAGGCCUUUCCCGGGGGGAUACCAGGGAAGGGCCACACGAAACCCCAGAGGCAGGGGCAGAGUCUAGGAAUUUUCAUCAGGCGCCGGUGCCCCGACGCCCCAUCGUUAAAUGCAUCAACAUCCCCCUUGGUUUGAAAUAAAUUCUUGAGUGUGCACACCCUUA